GGCGGGGCUUUUUUUUCGUCUCAAGUAGAAGCACAAAAAAAAGGUUUUCCUCUAGUCCUUGUCCAUUUACAAUUUAUAUUCCAUCUCGUAUACCUUUUAUUUUCUCCCUCGUUUUUAAACUUUGCAAUCACUGCCUUCAUGACUGGCCGAACCACUCCGGAAUUUUCUUCCAGUUCACCAACGUCUCAAAUGGACUAUUAUGAAGAGGGAUCCACGCCUACGAUGAAGAACAAGAUGCGUGCAAGUCAUCUGUAUAAUACGCCACGAGGCCGACGAUUCACGGAACGCGUAGCCGAAGCUGUCGAAGUACCCUUGUUGGGCCGGCCCUUGGAAGACAACAUGGCUCUUGAUUCCCCUUCACCUGUUCGCAUUGAAGAUGUAGACAUGCUUGACUCUUCACCACUACAAUUACGCAAUAAUAAAACAAUACGGAAACGACGGUCUUUGGCCAAAUUCGGUGAUAUGCAGCGACAGCGACGCAAGUUACGGCAUACAGCGCAAAGACAGCAAGCGGCAGCAACAGGAGGAGGAGGAGCAAGAGAUGCAUCAGAUGAUGAUUAUGUGGAUGAUGACUAUGAAGAAGUAGAGUCAGAUGAUGAAUAUUUACAUCGAGUCAGUACUAGCAAAAAACUUGAAUCGCGCCAGAGUAGUGUUGGCUCAGAAGAAGGACAAAGUACAACGAACAACAACAACGGAGCAUCAUCUUCAUCACCACCACCACCAACAACAACAACGCCAACGCGAUCACUAACAGGAGGAGGAGCAGGGCGAAGACGACGAUUACGGUUACAAAACAGUAACAUCAUACCUUUGGAUGCGCCCGACAUUGACGAAGACGCAAGUCCUACAUUUUUCCCGAAUAAAAGCAGAUCUAUAAACCCAGCGGUCGUCCAACCGAUUGUGCUGGGUACCACAAAUGGAGUUUCUAAAGAAGCCCGACGGCGACGUCCGAAUUCAUUUGCUGAGAAAGUAGAUCGUUUCCGGCAUGCACCUGACGUUGAUAUGCUGGACCUCAGCAAACACUUGAUUAUACCAGAUAACACCAAUCACACUUCUUCUACUCCAUCCUCUUCAACUUCAACAGCUGGCUCUGCACAUCAUUAUAAUCACCAACAGCAACAACAACAAAAUGAUGAUGAUGACGAUAAUGAAGAAGAGCAAACACAAAGAGAGCAACAAGAUCAAGAUGACAGAGAAGAAUCCCCGAUUGCCAUCCCUGACCAUGAUGCUGUGGAUAUGGAACAUACAAGACACGUUGUUAUUAAACAAGAACAUACAGGAGUUUCUACUACUGCCCAUACCGGCGACGAUUUCAUCGAUGAUGAUGAUGAUGAUUCAGCGAGCGAUGGUUCAGAGCAACCGCUCGAUAUCCCAUGCUCACCACAACCAAAAGACCAGCCUCAUGACACAAGCAUCGAAUCGCCCAGCUCUCCCAUCACCCCUCAGCCCAUGACAACCAUGCCAGAAAAUAAUAACAUCACAGCGUCCACGAUUACCAGCAAGGACCUUGCUCAAAACAACGAUACCAUCAUGAUAAACACACAACAGCAACAGCGACAGCAAUCAGCUGAUAAUGCCUCAACCACUUGUGCUGGCGAGACGACUCUUGUUCAAUUGAACAUGACGGCGGAACCCGCGAACGAACAACAAGAGGUGCACAUGGAGAUAGUUGAAGAAGCAGGCGAGAAUCACGAUUCUCAUUUUUGGGCUGAAAAUAGCGGUAACAAAAUUGUAAAACAAGAACCGAAGGACGACGAUGACAACAACAACACUUAUCAUCAUGAAGAAGAAGGAGGAGAGAGCCUCCAUGCGAGACAAAACUCGUAUCUCGGGCGCGUAGUUGGAAGUGUAUCGCGAUUUCUUUGGGGUUCAUAACAUUAUAUGAUGCGAAUUCUACUUGUAUAAAAUAAAAGGUUGUUCUUUUU